AUGGAUUCAUCUACUAAUUCUUCUAUUAAUAAAUCUUCUUUUUCCCAUGUAUUAUCUCGAUCAAUUACUAGCAUCAUUCCAGAUAAAUCAAAAGGUGAAUCAAAUGAUCAGUUAAUUCAACAAUUCAUAAAUUUGAUUUCAAAUUUGGAACAGCUGCAACUUUCGUUUGCACCGCCAAAUGAAUUACUCGAGUGUGUUGCUAUUUCAUUAAAAAUAAGACAAUAUCCGCGUGGAUUUUUUAAUGAAACACAAAUUUUCACAAGAAUAAAUGCUUUACUCGAGAAAUGUACUAUUGAUACCAACACAUAUUUCAAAUUUGUACAGCUUCUAUCCAUAAUCUCAACGAAUUGCGAAGAAUCAAUGAAUUCUUUUCUUACAAAUUGCAAAUUUAUGUCAUUACUUCAUCAUGGCUUUACAUCAACCAAUCCAAAUAUAUACAAUAUAUACUGUCAAUUCAUUAUCAAGUCCUUACCAUACUCUUCUGCAAGAAACUCUCUAAUUUCAGCAAAUUUCUUUGUUGAAUUCAUGAAUAGAAUGAAAUAUCUAUUAAAUUUGGUAUCAGAAGGCAAUUUAUCUAAGGAAAUUAUCCAAUUGAUUGCAAUUUCAUGUGAUUUAUUCUUUCAUAUGGUAAAACAUUUUUCGAUUUCAGAUUUGGAACCAGGAAAAUCGGAAAUACAGGAUAUGAUUAUAGCUUUAUAUGAUUGUCACGUUUCUCAUGAAAUUUUAGAUAAAAUUGCUCAUAUUGUUCUUAUAAUAGGAAGUAAAUUCAGUUAUAUGGAUAUAGUUAAUACAGAGAUGUGGAAUCGCACAAUAAAAUUACUUGAUGACGAUAAUAAUGUUUUAGGAUAUCAAUAUUCUUUGGCUUUACUCAAUAAUACUGUGUGUUCAGAUGACUUUAUGGAAAUAACAGAGAUUAUUCCGUUCCAAGAUAUAGUUCGCAUUAUUAAUUCGCGUUGUUUUGAAAAUAUUGACAUUCAAAUCAACGCUUUUCAUUGUUUGUUAUCAUUUUCGGUAUUCGGAGAUACUAUAAUAAGUCAUUUCUUGGACUCCUCUGUGUUUAAUUCUAUUUUAAAUAUAAUUAAUUUGUCAAAUUUUGCUGUUAAGCAGCUUGGAUGCGAAAUUCUAUGGGCUUUCAUUAAGUGUGGAACAUUUGAGCAGGCAGAAUAUAUAAUAGAACAUCCUAUUUCGAAAGAAAUCAUACUUAACGCAAUUAGUGAAGAUACUCCUGAAGAUUCACAUAGAAUUAUUACUGUAAUGAUUAUACCGUUUGUUAAUUCCUUAAUUUCUCAUAAUUUACAAGGAGAAUCAACAUAUGCUUCAUUUUUAUCAGAUUUAGCUCAAGUAAACUCAGAAAUCCUUGACUCUGGAGAGGAUGAGCUUUCGGAAGCAGCACAACUCCUACAAUCUAUCUUAGACUCUAUUGAAUAA